AUGCAGGAUUCUCUAAGCUUGAUGCAGUUCCAUGAUCCGUACCUCUACAGCGGCAGCGUUGUCGGCGCCAACCUGCCACUCUCGUCACACUCUUUCUUGCCUCAUCACCAAGAAUUUGUUCAUACCGGUGACCGCUGCCUUGGCAAGGACGACGUGCCGGAGUUCGUCGACCAGCAGGCCGCGGCCGAGGUAAGCGGCGAGCAGGAGUUGGCAGUAAGCAAGGAGGUCUCCGAGGGAGGAGGUGACGGCGCGGUGGAGGAGCAGAGCGGGGCGGCGACGGCCAGGGGCGAGGAGGAAGCCCACGGCGUGCGGAUGAUCGCGCUGCUCAUGGAGUGCGCGGUGGCCGUGUCGGUGGGCAACCUCACCGACGCCAACGGGAUGCUCCUGGAGCUGGCGCAGAUGGCGUCCCCGUACGCGUCGUCGUGCGGGGAGCGGCUCGUGGCCUACUUCACCAAGGCCAUGGCGGCGCGGCUGAUGAGCUCGUGGAUCCGCAACUGCGCGCCGCUGGCGCCGCCGUGCGCGGCCGUCCACGCCGCGUUCAGGGCCUUCUACAACGUCUCGCCGCUCGCGAGGUUCGCCUACCUGGCGUGCAACCAGGCCAUCCUGGAGGCGUUCCACGGUAAGCGCCUUGUCCACAUUGUGGACCUCGAUGUCGUGCCCGGCGGCGCGCUCCAGUGGCUCUCGCUCCUCCCCGCGCUGGCGGCGCGGCCGGGCGGCCCGCCUUUGCUCCGCGUGACCGGGUUCGGCAUGUCGGCGUCGGCGCUCCACGACACCGGCAACCAGCUCGCCGGCCUGGCGAGCAAGCUGAGCAUGCCGUUCGAGUUCUACGCCAUCGCGAAGCGGCCCGGGGACGUCGACGCGGCGGCGGCCGUGCUCAGCAGGAGGCCAGGGGAGGCCCUGGCCGUGCACUGGCUGCGGCAUGCCAUGUACGACGCGGCCGGGGACGACGGCGCAACCAUGCGGCUGGUGCGGUGGCUGGAGCCCAAGGUGCUGACGCUGGUGGAGCAGGAGCGAGGCGGGGCGCCCGGGGACGGCGGCGGCGCGGGCCACGACCACGGCCACUUCCUGGACCGGUUCGUCUCCGCGCUGCACCACUACUCGGCGCUGUUCGACUCCCUGGGCGCGUCGCGGCCGGCCGACGAGGACGCGAGCAGGUACCUGGUGGAGCACGGCGUGCUCGGCAGGGAGAUCGGGAACGUGCUGGCGGUGGGCGGGCCGUCGCGGAGCGGGCGGGACAAGUUGGGCUGCUGGCAGGCGGAGCUCGCCCGGCACGGGUUCCUGCGCGCCGGAGGAGCCGGGCGCGCGCAGCUGGUGGCCGGGGCGUGCCCGGCGGGGCUGGGCUACACGGUGGCGGACGACCACGACGGCACGGUGCGGCUGGGGUGGAAGGGCACGCCGCUGUACGCGGUCUCCACAUGGACGUGCUGCCCCUCGCCCCACGCACAGCGUUAA